AUGGGUGCCGAAAUGCGCCGGCUCCGGCUGACUAAACUUCUGCUGUUCACUUUUAUUCCACUCAUUGUUGGAGCUACCGAUGAUGGUUUAACAACCGUUCUUUUGGUACCUGCACGUCCCGGUAAAUCCACUCCUCCAGUCGGUCUUUUAUCAAAAACCGCAAGAACCUUUGUUCAAGAUGGAGCAAGUACGGAAUAUGCCACUCAAAUUUUAGGAACGACAUUAGAUAAUGGUCGAUUUUAUGCAAAAAUACUUUCGACUUCAAGCAGAAUUUUCUACGAUAGGGAAUCACCUGCUGAUCCAUCAAGUCCCUAUGUUGUUUACCCUUCAGCGACACUUGAGGAUAAUUGGUCAUCGCAAAGCUUCUCAGAUGAUGCACCAGCCGCAAUUUUUGAGGCAACCACCAACAAAAAUGAAAAUAUAACGAUAAAAGAGGACUUAAAUGAAUUAAAAGAUAAUGAUAUUUUUAAUAAACGUGAACACAAUGAUGUACGACUUAAGCCUGCGAAAGUGCGCACCGACAAUCUUCCAACAUAUACCAUCAAACAAGACUAUACUUUAAAAGGAUCGGAUAGUGAUCUUGAAGAAGAUCAACCGAAAAUCUUUCGUCCCCGAGUACCAAAAAUUUUUAGACCACAACCAAAAGUAUUAUUGAAAAAGCAAGAUGCAAAACCAUUGGCUACCGUUACAUAUCAUGGCUUUGCCGAUUUUGUCACAACAGUAGGUGAUACCGUGAUAGUUUUUUCUCCAAGUACAGCACCUGUACCUGUUGGACGUCCAGCAACUACAAUUAAAGGCGACGCAACUCUUCGACCAGAUGACGGAGUAGCUGUUUUGAAAAUCAGACCAAGUAACGUUAUUUCUGAUCCAAAAAAAACAGAAACUAUUCCAAUUAAAAACCGCAAUUUUACCAAUGAUAUGCUACACAAAGGUCCGAAACAAACUAACAGUAACAGGCCUAUAGAUCUCCAACCAAGUACAGGAGAUCAACAAGAAACUGAUUAUAUUGGACAAAUAACCAGCCCAUUAUUAUUAGUACCAGAUGUGAAAACUGGAUUACAAAAUCCCACUGGCUUGCUUAAAGUUAUUGAUUCUACAGCCACAAUGAAAGGCAUAACAACGCAUUAUGUAAGUUCUAUUUAUGGCACUUACAUUGGCACUAAUUACGCACAAAUUGUACAUACAUCUUCAAACGUUUAUUUCUAUCCAGAAGAAAGUACUAAAGGUUACAAUUUGCCAAAUAAUGACGAAAAUGAUUCACUAUCCAGCGAUAUUAUUGGCGAUUCUGGUAGCACACAACAACCGGAUACAACCGAUGACACCUUAACUACAAUAAAAGAAGUUCUCGCUAAGGAAGUGACAACCGAAAAUGAGCUUGGCAAUGAUAUUAUACCACGGAACCAAGGCCGUAGUAUAAAAGGCUCGUCUCCAAAAAAUCAGUUUCCUAUUCAUAAAGGUCACAGACAAACAAAUUCGGAUGAUAAAUUAUCAUUGUCUACGCGGCUCUUGCCAUCGACCGUUUACAAAACUUUUACUUAUUACACUACAUUCUUCAUCCCAGGUAAAGGUCAAACAAGUACGUCAAUUAAAUCAAGAGAAGUAACUUCUUCAGAAGUUAAUCUUUUACCAGAGUUAAUUUUACCAACAAGUUUGCAAAGUGUAAAUACUGCUUCUGCAAUAUUGCCCGCAACUGCGACAAAUAAGGUUGAAAUUUCUUCAAAUAUAGAUUUGAUCGAAAAUAAAAAUAAUGCCGAAAAACAAGAAAUAGAAGAAAUACAAUUAAUAUUUAAAACAAUAUUUACAACCUUUACAUAUUUAACUACCUUUUACGAUGAUUCGACAACAAGUAUUUCAAGUCGAAAAGUAACUGCUACUAAUGUUGUAACACAGACUAUAGAUCCAGGCAGUACCUUAAUCGAUGUUGAUUUGCUCAUUAAUAAUGAAGAACCAAUUUCAAUAUUACCAACUAAAGUAUCAGAUGUUAGCUUUACUAAUUCGAAUACUAAAACGAUAGAGACACAAAAUAUAUAUAAUAACAAUGAUGACAAUUACGAAACUACUGAGCAAAUUACGGAAAACAUCUUAACAACUGUAGCUGAUCAAUUAACAACUAUAGAAGAUCAAUCAGCAAUGGAAAUUAUAAAUGAAUCGGAUAAAGAUAAGGACGAUGACUUAAUUUUACUUGAACCUAGUCCAAUUUCAACAGCAAGUUUGCACUUAUCAAGUGAACAAUUAAAAACUUAUUAUACGACUUAUACGUAUUUUACAACAAUAAUAGUUGACGAUGAAUCUGAAAUAGAAACAAGAACUGAAGUAUUCAGUAAUAUUAUUUCUGAAAACAUACAACCUACAUCUGUAUUCGUAUCACCAGAAAUAAUUAGUAAUACGAAAUCAGCUAAAGCCGCACCGCCACCUGAAAUUUUAGCAUAUUUAGAGGCAUUGAAUAAACAAAAGUCUCCCGAAGAAGCUUUAUCAUUAGCAAAAAUGGUACAAGAACAAGCUCAAGCUACAACGGAAGAAACUAAUGAAGUAACAACUGAAAAUUCAUCUUUAUUUACUACGGUCGAUGACAUUACAAUUCUAGACGAUGUAAUAACUACAGAAAAAAUUUCUAAUGAUGGAGAAGUUGUAGGAUCUAUGAAGACCGAUGUAACGUUUAGCUCAAGUGCUGGAGAAAGUACGGUGCUUGAUGUAAUAGAUAAAAAGAAUAAUGUACCAGAAGAUCAAGAAUUAUCAGAAACAAAUCAUCACGAUGUAGAACCUGCGCCUACUCUUUUAUUGCAAACAUCUUAUACAACUUAUACAUAUUUUACUACCAUGUACAAUGGAGAUGCGACUGAUGUUGCUAGUCGUUUAAAAACAGUCACAAAUGUUGUAACGGAGACUAUAAGACCAACAGCUGUUAUGCAGCGAGAAAGUAAGACUUUCCAACCGUUAACAUACUUCACUACUUUUACUUAUUGGACAACGUUUAUUAAAGGAGAUGAAACUGCUACUACUAGUCGUGAAGAAACAGUAAGCAAUAUUCUUACGUCAGAUGCCGCGGCAACACCAUCUAUUCAAUUAGAUGUAGUGAAAACAUAUAGGCCAUUUGUAUUGGCAACGCCAGUGCAUAGAAUUAGUACAGAAUUAAAAGCUACAUCUGAUAAUGAGGUGACAUCUCCAAAUGUUUUACUAAAAGAAAUUCCAACAAUCAAAGUGAACGAGUUAAGCUCGACUAUUUCACCAGAUCCAAUGACACUUUAUACAACAUAUACAUAUUUUACUACAUCUUAUAUAGGCAAUUCGACUAUUUUAAAAAGUAGACUAGAAACAAUAACCAGUGUUUCGUAUCCGGAUGAUUUAAUAGUUAAAGCAACACCCCGUCUAAUUGGGGGACCUGCUCCAUCGAGCCAAAUAAUACACACGGAAGAGAAAUCCAUCCAACCAAGUAAAAUUACUGACUUGCCGAUGACAGGCUUAUUAUCUACUAUAAGAUUGAGUGAAGUCAACGCAGGCACAACUACGCACUUUAUGACUGAUAUUUAUGGUACAUACAUAGACGGUCUUUAUGCUCAAGUAGUUGAAACUUCGUCGAAAAUUGAAUUACGUACACCAGUACAUACGCCAUCCAUUACAUCAGUAUUACCCACUGGUAUAUUAUCACUAAAUAAAGGGACUAUUAUAGAUGCUGAUGAAAUUAGCACAAUAUAUUAUACAACAAAGCAAAUCGGCACUUCGAUCAAUGAUCUUUAUGCAAAAGUUAUUGAAAGUACGUCGAUAACAAAAAUUAACGAAGAAAAAUUAGCGACGCGUAUACCAGUUCAUGGCCAUCGAACUGGGCUAGUAAGAUUAAUUAAGGGUUCGAUCGAAGCUAAUGACACUACAACGUAUUAUCAAUCAAGAGUAAUUGGAACUAGUAUAGAUGGAAGAUAUGCUCAAAUAAUUGAAAGCACAUCUAGCUAUCUAUUUGCCCAACCUUCAUCAACCUUAAACAUAGCGGCAUCAUCAACACAGCCUCCUAACUAUGCAACGGCCAUUCCAGAAAUAUCACCAUUCCCUGCAGUGGUUCAGUCAUCGAUCUCCGAGGAUCAUACUGUUGAUGUCUUAAAUAACGACUCUGAGCCGGAAGAAAAUGAAAAUGAAGAUGAAGAGGACGAUCAAAAGUUGAAGAAAAAAUCACGUUUAACAUUUUCAUCGAGAAAGAGAACUUCUAGUGCACCUCCAAUUAGACCAUUUGCAUCUCGAAGCAGGCCGACAUUUAAUCCAAAAAGAAAACCACAAGGAGCAACUACUAUAACAAGAAGUGAUAUAACUCCGACAAUAACGGCGACUUUAGCAGGGAAGGGUAGUCGAUUUGCAUCAUCUAGGGGACGAGCAAUAUCUUCGGUAGGCUCGCCAACGAUUAAUUCAUCGAGUUCUAGACGCUUUUCUGGCAGAAGAAGUUCCCUUGUAUCGGCGAGUACAUUUGCUACAAACUAUCCUUCCGUCAAUUCGAGAAGUAGGGGGCUUAUUCGAGCAACCACAUCUUCUAUAUAUUCUGGAAGUCGACGAGGAUCCACAUUAAUUAGAGGAUCGUCGGCAAGACCAACAAGUCGUGCUAGUUCAUCGGUUCUAUCCCCUUCGUCAACAAGAUUUAGACCAGGAAUUCGUCCAUCCUCUACGCUUUCAAAAAUAUCGCCUACAAUAAAACAAGAUGAUCAAGAAGAUAACGCGAAUGAAUUUACAACUGACACUUUAGUUACGGAGGAGAUACCAGUGAUUGAAGAGAGUGACGAAGGCGAAACGAUUUUUCCAAAUAUUCAAACAACAACAGAAUUAUCUAAGAAAGUUAGUAAUCCUCUCUUAAGAUUUAGAAGGCCACCUGCAUUUGGUAGCGGAAUUAGAACAACGACUCCGAAAACAAAUGUAAUUACUACUACACCAAAACGAGCAAAUAGCUUAUCAAGGCAAAAUGUAGGAAAUCGUGCAAUAAAUAAUAGAUCAAGACCCGCAAUUACUACGUUAACUACAAGAUCACGCCAAGGUCAAUCUAGUCUAUUUCCUCCAAGAAGUCUAUUUGGAAGAAAACCAGAUACUACAGAAACUCCAGUAGAAAGUAAAGGUGAAAUUAUUGAAGACGAAGAUGAAGGAGAUGAAGAACAAGAAAAUUUCGAAGACAAGCCUGUUGUAGAGAUUGUGGAUAACGAUUACGAAGGAUCCGAACAAAAAGAAAUAGCUCCGUCAACUAAUCAGAAAUCCAUCACAUUGAAUAGCACAAAAUUUGGAGCCCAAAUCAGGCCGUUUACUAAGAUUGGACGAAGCAGGAGAGUGCGACGACAGACUCGUAUAUUAAAUUCUCGCUUUCGAAGGCCUACAGCUCAAAUAUCUAGCAUCGAAGACCGAAUAGAUAUAGAGAUGAGUUCAAGUAAAGAAGAUGUUUCAAAAGUACCAAUUAAUAAUUACAGAUAUGGAAAUCGUGGGAGAUCGAUAAGUAGUAGUUCUCGAUCGAAUUUGAAUGGAAAUAAAGAAGAUAAAUCGUCAGAGGAGUACAUUGACACUUCUCUCACAACGCAAUCGAGAUUAAGAUCCAAACCUGGUUCUAAUAGAAACACUCUGCGAAUUAAACCCACAGUCGCGAGCUCGCCUAAUAGACAGUUCACUUUGAGGGAUAAAGAAAGUACAUCUUCAAUAAAGACAAAUUAUAAAAGGCCAGUAUCUUCUUCAUCGCGAAAUUCAAAUUUAAGAAUGAGAAAUAAUUCAAGAUCCAGAACAGGAAAUAACAGAUAUCAAGAUACAACAAAUUCACGUCGAACAUCGACUAGGAUUUCAUCGAGAAAUGGAGGUCGCACAGCUAAUCGCCGAGUAGUACCAUCGCGAGGACGGAUAAGUUCUCAUGAAGAUUAUCGUGAUUUUAAUGAUUUUGAUAGAACUAUAACAGUUACACAUUAUGUUCCAACCGAAGUGACUAUUCCCGUUGUUAAUAACGGUGUUACGGAAAAGAGAAAUAUUAUAACAGCCCAAGCGAGUACGGAAAUCAUCGGUCCCGAUCGUUACAGUACAAUAAUAAAUAAUGAUGGCCGUGAUAUUGUCGUAUUAGCUAGUGAGAUAACAGGUACAAAUUUCCAAGGCCAAAUAGAAAUUACUCGCUUUGUUAUACACGAAACCCCAACGACUAAGGUUUCUCAUAUGUUAACAUCGUCAGGUGCUCGUAGAUUUUCGCAACCUGUUAUAGUUCCAUCAACCAUAUAUUCCAUUGAAAAUGUUGUCUCCACUAUAAGGCCUUCCAUAUCAGAUAACUCACCAUUAGCAAAUAUUUUACUUUCACAAUUGUUGCUUGGACAAUUUGGACAGCAGAAUCCAUUAGCAUCAGGUGUGUCUGCGCAUACUGUUACUCAAUCAACGAGAUAUGAUACACGCGCGACCACAUAUCUUACCACUAUUACGAAAAAUCAAAGUACCGUUAUUCCUUUAACUUUUCGUGGUAAAGAAAUUUUAACAACACUUAUCGAUUCGUCGACCGAUAUUGUCACUGCUACUGAACUUAUCACCGACACCGUUAUUGUCACACCUACCAUUGCUUUGCCCGCGGCAAACCUCAAUUCGCUCCUUCUCCUUCUCCAGCAGCCACAAACUCCACAACAAUCAAACCCCUUAUUGGAUCCGUUAUUUGCUGUUGCACCAUUAUUAACUCAGAGUAAUACAUUACCUGGAGAAUUUGAAAGAAGAAAUCAGCCUGUUGAUUUCGAUUAUAAACCAGAGAGUUACGAAGAUUUAUCGGACGAAGAUAUUGAUAAAACGUCGAAACCAAGAGGAAAAUCAAAUACCGUAAAAAUGAAUGAAAAAGAGACCCCUGAAAUCAAUGUUGUAACUUUAUAUAUAUCAGGGCGUAGACCAGGUGAAUUUAGUACUGUACUGAGUACUUUUAAAAUUGGCGAGGAAUCUACAAGUACAAAAAUUAAAAGACAUAUAAAUGAAGCGACUGUUGAUGCAUCCCUUUCCCCAUCGUUACAAUCAGCCUCUGAACCUGCUGCAUACACUUUGGCAGGAAGUGAAGAGCCGAUCGAUGCGCACGCACCUACUCAAAGUCUCGAGAGCGUAGUGGGCGAUGUCGGACGGCAUAUUUCCACGUCCAUUUAAACCUAACCACGCCAAAUCUCCACACUAAUUCCUCAAUGCCACCUUGAUUAUGCAGUCUUUGUAGAUUUCUAUCUUAAUAAAUUUUAAAAACCCGAAAACGACCUAAAUAUAAGUUGGAUCUAACUAUUUUCAUAUCAUACAGCACUAGUUUAAGUUUUCUUUUAAGAAUUUUUCAACUUUGAUAAU